AUGUCCCUCCUCGCUCGUCAUUCCCCGGUCUUCCGAGACGCCUUCGCACUUCCCCAGCCCGCCAAGUUAGACACCGACGACGACGCAAGCCUGCAAGGACUCCCCUUUGUUGAAGUCUCGGAUGAUGUGUACGAUAUGAGCUGCAUGCUUCACGUCAUAUAUGAUGGGCCGAAAUACCUCAAUAACAAGACCUCUGAAAUACGCUUCCACAAAGUCUCCGCACUGAUGCGUAUGGGACACAAAUACGAAAUCCCAGACAUCUUCGACACGGCCGCGCGUCACCUCUCGAGCUACUAUACCACCCACUUGGGCUCAUGGAUCGAUUUCUGCGGCCCAGAUCUAUCGACCCAGACCUUCUCCUUUGACAAGGACGAGAAUUAUCACAUCGUCGAGGUCGUCAACCUCGCCCGAUUGACCGGCAAAACCUCCAUCCUUCCGACCGCGCUCUACAGAUGUUGUGGGCUCGGGGUCGCCGGCAUCCUAAAGGCAGGCGAGCGGGACAGCAGCGACCCAAGCGCCACGUCCUCAGCCGCGAAGACGUCGCCCUUUGUCUGGUGGCUCGCGAGCGGCUGCUGCGGGAGUCGGGAAGCAUUGUUGGAGCUCUCGCCGGCGCGCCGUGUGCAGCCAGCUGUAUAUCCAAGGGCACAUGCGCGCAACGGAUGA